CUCGCUGCCCCCUUCCGACUACAAGUUCGCAUUAGGACUCCAGAUGACGUGGCUGACGUGCGUGAGGCUCACACGCUGCCAAAGACAGGUAGCUCCGUGCGCCGCACCCUGGAGCUCGAUCUCAUAGAGUUCCAAGACCGCGAGCUCUUCCAGUACAUCGUCAUCGUGUCCCUGAAGGCCGGCAGGGAUGGCAGCCCCGUCUCUGUCCCAGAGAUCACCUACCAGUUCCCCAAGCCCGAGAACAUGACGAAAGCCAUGAGGGAGGAGGAGAAAAACCUCUGCAACGUCAUCCCUCUCUUCUGCUUCCCCGACGGGCCCGACAGCUACAGCAACUCCCAGCUCAAGAGCGAGACGUUCUCGUUUAUGCUGACCAACAUCGACGGGUCCCGCCGCUUCGGAUACUGCCGUCGCUUCUUGCCAGAAGGAAAGGAGGACCGGUCGUCAGAGGUUUACUGCAUCAUCAGCCGACUUGGCUGCUUCGAGCUCUUCUCCACGAUUUUGGAGGAGGUGGAGACGAGGAGGAAGAUCUCGUUGGCCAUGGUGUACCCGUUUGUGCGGGCCCUUAAGGACGCGCCCUUCCCGGCACCGGGGAAAACCGUCAAAGUGCAGAGUUUCAUUCCGGGUCGCGGCACGGAGACGAUCAAGCUGACCCGGCCUCUGGACUCGCGGCUGGAGCACGUGGAGCUGGGCACGCUCUUCUCCAGCCUCUCCGUCGAGCAGGUGGUGCAGGUGUUCGUGUCGCUGCUGCUCGAGCGCAGAGUCAUCCUCGUGGCCCAGGAGCUCAGCCAGCUGUCGCGGUGCAUCCACGCGGUGGUGGCGCUGCUCUACCCAUUCUCGUGGCAGCACACCUACAUCCCCGUGCUGCCGCCCUCCCUCAUCGACACCGUGUGCUCCCCCACGCCGUUCAUCAUGGGCCUGCAGAGCAGCUCGCUCGGCCUGCUCGAUGGGCAGCCCAUGGAGGAGGUUCUGUUGGUGGAUUUGUGUAAAAAAAAAUUUCUCAAAAAGGUGGGCGACGAGUUCACGCUGCUGCCGCACAAGCUCCAGACGCCGCUCGUGGAGGAGCUCAGGAGGUGCUUCGAGCGCUACGAGCGGAGCGGCGACUCGCCGUCGGCGUCCGCCAGCCUGAACAAGGAGGUGUCGGCCGCCUUCAUCGAGCUGCACCUGCAGCUGGUGGGGCACUACCCCCACCACGUGGGCACCGAGGGUCGCCCGCAGCAGUUCGACAGUCGCCAGUUCCGCAAGGCGCUGGCGUCGCGCUCCACGCGCCACUUCCUCAAAGUCUUCGUGCAGACGCAGGCCUUCCAAGGCUUCAUCCAGGAGCGCGAGCAGGGCUGCACCCCCACGCAGGGACUGUUUGAGCAGAAGGUCCAAGAGAACCUGCGGAAAGAGAAAGUGAAGAAGAGAAUCUCACUGGCCGGGAAGCUGAGGAAGUCCUAAAGGGGAGAACGACGAGAGGAGCCUCCUGUCGUGCGCCCGUCGCUCGGCCCUCGGGCGACUGGAGUGGAAGCGGACGAGCCGGGAACAUCGCGACCGCUGUCCGUCGCAGCGGUGAUUUCAACCGAUGAAGACUGCACCUCCCACGCGCGGCCGUCCUUGGUGCCACGACGUGCCCCCCGACGAAAAAUCCUUGGGUGGCCUUCGUCGCCAGAGGAUGGGCGCGUGCGCCGGCGCCCGUGGAGCAAGUUCACGAGGAACAUUUUCCGCGGGGUGAAACGGGCGCGGGGAUCGGAUCUGAGAGGGACUUGGGCGUUUUGGGCCCUUGGGCUGGCGUGGGGUGGUGAGUGUCGACGGGAAUGAAUAGUGACCAACAGUGGUGAUGCGUCCCCGCCUGUGGCGUAGCGGGGUUCACAUGGGCCCUGCUGUGUGGAUUUAAAAGGUGCCCCCACCGCCUCCGCCAGUUUUCCGCCCUCUUCGUAGCCUGCGCCGUCCCCCCCCCCCCCCCACGUGACCGCCUGCACACACUCGGUAGGUUAAAUCACCAUUCCCGGACGUGGCUUUGAGAGCUGUCGAACGUGCGCAGCAUGCGUGGGCCACCACCUUCUCCAUUCCACCUCUCCCGGCUUCCCACUCCCCGCGUUGCCUGCUUGGUGACGAUCCGUGCACCCUCACCUUCUCACUCCUCGGGUAGUCUUGCGUGUGGCGAGGGAGAAGCAGCCCAGGACGUGGUGUAUGUUGCCGAUGCUACGGCUGCCCAUCGCGGUGAUUCCAGCCGAUGAAGAUGCCCAAUGCAGCGGCCGUCCGUGCUGCUUUCGUCCGAUCGUCGCACGGAUAUACAACAACAACAACAACAAAAUGUGGUUUCUUUUUUUGUGAUGAAAGCCUCGGCUGAAACGGUGUUGCUGGCGAUAAAAUAGGCGCACAGUUGGGUCACCGUGCUUUUUGUGCCACCUUUGUCCAUAACGCAAGGUGGACGCGACACAAAACUGCCGCCGGCGGUCGAGGCCGAAUGAUAUUUCCCAACCUGCUUGAGUACACACGUGUAGCGAGUCUCGGUGACAACCUUUGCACCGGUCCCUUGAACUUUACCAAGAGGAAGAGAGGGGGAGCAAUCUCUUACCAUUCCCGCGAAUUUACGGUGGCAUGAGUGAGAUUGUUAGAAUUCGCCAGAGGUGGGGCCGGGUGGCUCCCACUGAGCCGGCACCACUGAGAGCAUGGGGUUUGAUUCCCGUUGUUUCAGCCCCAAACGGAGUAUCUCGAGUGCAGAGAGUUGGAUGUGGUCAGCCCCGGUCAUCCGCUGAACUACACGGAGACCCAUCGACUCGCAUAGAGUCCCAUAGACUUGUGCCACGGUCUUUCCUUGGCGAGUCGGUCCUCCCUGCGCUCCACCACGUCUUGCGUUAGUUUGUGAUGACGCAUUCCUCACCAUGUGAUGCUGUUUGCCUCUACCGGGUUGGCUGACCGGAGCUGCCAGCUCGAUGCUAACAAGUCUGACGAUGCGGGCGCAAUGGCUCGCAAUUGCCUUUGAGUCGGUAGCGAAUCGCCGGUGACUGCUUCCGUCAACAGCUGUCGCCGAUGGAGAUGUGCGUAGAGGGUGCGGAGACGGAGGUGGCUUUACCCUCCGGGGGAGACUAUGCAUUUCUUGGAUGCUUAACAUAGAGAGAGAAACUGUGUUGGCGGCGUGUGGAAGUAUCGGUUGACCAUGCUGCACCUCCAAGUCAGUUAGGCAGUGAGAUCCGCGUCAGGUUUUCCAACUAAGAUCCCGUUUCUUCCACGGUAUAACCAAGCCGUGCCCAACCAGCCCCGGAAGGGAAAGCGGCAGGUUGUUGGGUUUUUGACGAAAAUUAAUAACCCCCCCACCCCCUGGCCCUGCUCGGCCCCCCCUCUCCUCCGGCCCAGAUUAAGAUGUUAUGAGGCCCGAGUUUUCACUUGGAACCGCGAGAGGCCUGCUGCCCUAUCGCAGCUCUGCCGUGGCAGCUGGAAAAGGGAUCUAGGGUAUCCGCUGUAGCCUCCCAGGUGACCGGGUCAAUAAGCAUCGCCUCUCACUUUCCUCUAAUUGACGAAUGAAUUAUUUCAUCACUUACUCAUCAUCACCUGUGAUUAACAAAAGCUGGUCUGGAGCCACGGCCCGGCCAUUGUCUUCUUUUUUUUGCAAACACCGCGCAAAGGUGCGGUCGUACGGUUCUCAAAUUGCACUUUGUCGGAGUUACGAUUUCGUUUGAUUUUAAACUAUUCUCCUUUUUAACUUAACAGAGACCAGGGUUGUGUGAUGAUGCUGUCCUUACAGGACGCGCUCACGCACCGCAAAACUCUAAUCCUGGAACCCCGUGUUUUGUGUGAUGUUGUAAAGUUGUAACUUUGCCACUGUUGUGACGAAUAAAGAAGUUUUUUUUUAAAUGAUG